ACACACACACACACACACACACACUAUCCAUCCCAGCUACAACAGGUACACACAUGUAUAUCUGUCUACAUAUCAUUGAAGGAGAAGAGAGGGCUUAGGAAGAAAGUCACUCCCUCUCUCUAGAAACACUACUUCUAUAUACACACAUGCGGAUGUAUAUACUACAUACUAAACACUAACUAUAUAUAUAUAUUUAAAUAUAUAUAUAUUAUAUAUAUUAUAUAUAUUAUAUAUCAUAAAAUAAAAAGGUUGAGAGACGUUGCCUGUAUUUUGGUGGCAAAAUGGCAGUAUCGGAUUACUCUGAGUCUAUGGUGUCACAUCUAUAUACACAGCAUGCAAAAAUAUGGAUACGUGACGACACCCUAGUAUGGCGCGAGGGCGAACUUGCCGAAGACUACAAGGGGCAGAAAUCUCUCAAAGUUCUUGUAUAUGAUAAAGGGAAAGCUACUCAGGAGAAAACUAUCGAGAUAAAAAAUAAAGUGGAUCUCCCUCAUUUAAGAGACCCAAACCUCAUUAAAGACAAUGAUUUGACUUCCUUGAAUUAUCUCAAUGAACCAGAAGUUCUGCACACACUCAAGGUCCGCUUUAUUGAUAAGAAUAUAUUCUACACAUAUUGUGGAAUUAUUCUGGUUGCUAUCAAUCCAUAUCAAGAUGUGGAUAUCUACGAUGAAACCACCCUAGAGAUCUACCGUUACCAGAAGAUCUUGAAAAAUCUGGAUCCUCACAUAUAUGCAGUCGCUGCAGAAGCUUUCAACCAGAUGACCAGAUUCAAAGUGAAUCAGUCAAUCAUCGUUAGUGGUGAGUCUGGUGCAGGAAAGACUGUUUCAGCCAAACACACCAUGCAUUAUUUUGCCAGAGUGGGUGGAUCCACCGAGACAGCAAUUCACGAUAAAGUAUUAGCAUCUAAUCCUAUUAUGGAGUCCUUUGGAAAUGCUAAGACAAUCAGAAAUGACAACAGCAGCCGAUUCGGAAAAUACAUUGAAAUUGCCUUUGGCAGUAAAAACUACAUCAUUGGUGCUAACAUGAAAACAUAUCUACUGGAAAAAUCAAGAGUUGUAUUCCAAGCUCCAUUUGAAAGAAACUAUCACAUAUUCUACCAAUUAUGUGCGUCUGCCUCCCUCAAAGAAAUUCAACCAUUUAAACUAGCUCACCAAGACAAGUUCAACUUCACAAACCUAGGAGAAAGUCCUGACAUCAAAGAUGUAAAUGAUGCAGAAAUGUUCAUGAAAACCAGAUCAGCUUUUGCUGAACUUGGAAUUCCUGAAGAUGAACAAAUGAAGAUGUACAGUGUUGUGGCAUCAAUUCUUCACCUUGGCAACAUUGUGUUUGUUUCUGGGGAUGACGACAGUCAGAGUUCUGUGUCAAAGAAAACCCCCCACUUUGGUAUUGUCUGUGAGUUACUUGGAUUGAAUGCUGAAGAAAUGGCAUUUUGGCUGUGCAACAGACAGAUCGCCUCCGCCUCUGAACGGAUCAUGAAACCAAUGUCCAAGAAAGAGGCCGGGUAUGGUAGAGAUGCUCUCGCUAAAUUCAUUUACGCGCGGGUCUUUGACUGGAUUGUAGCCAAAAUUAAUCGGAAUCUCCUGACACAUGAAGACACCCAAAACUUCAUUGGAGUGCUCGAUAUCUACGGGUUUGAAACAUUCAGAGUAAACAGCUUUGAACAGUUUUGCAUUAAUUAUGCAAACGAACGGCUCCAAUUACAGUUCAACACGCACGUAUUCACACUAGAACAGCAGGAGUAUAGACAAGAAGGUCUGGAAUGGGAUGAAAUCAGCCACUACGACAAUACUCCUUGUAUUGACCUUAUUGAGAGUUCUCAGGGAAUCUUAGCUUUAUUAGAUGACGAAUGUAAGAUGUUGAAUGGAAGUGACGCCAACUGGUGCACGUCGUUAUUGAAGAAGUUGGCAAAAGCUCAGUGUUUUGAGAAACCCAGAACCUCUCAGACCUCUUUCACUGUCUGCCACUUUGCUGAGAAGGUCACCUAUACUUGCCAAGGGUUCAUGGAGAAAAAUAUGGAUUCUGUAUCAGACUUACAAGUAGAAACUUUGAGAAAAAGCACCAAUCCAUUUGUUUUAGAACUGUUCCAGGAGAAGAAAUUGGAAAGGAAACUAUCGACCUUAACUGAAGAAUCCUACCUGAACCCACCAAAGAAAUCUAAAAAACACAAACAGACUGUUGGUUCUCAGUUUAAAGAAUCAUUAAACAGCCUCAUGAAGACCUUGUCAGACACAAACCCACACUAUGUGCGAUGUAUAAAGCCCAAUGAUGAAAAGAAACCAUUCAAGUUUCACCAUAAACGAGUUGUUGAACAACUUCGGGCUUGUGGAGUGUUGGAAACCAUCCGUAUCAGUGCUGCUGGAUUCCCUGCAAGGGGAACAUACGAUAAUAUAUUCUACAUGUUCCAACAACUCUUGAAUCUGUCAGACGUCAACAAAUCGGACCCACGAGAAAGUUGUGAGAAACUUAUGAAGACAUACAUUGAGGACCCUGAUAAAUACCGGUUUGGGAAAACAAAGAUUUUGUUCCGUGCUGGUCAGCUUGCUCUCCUUGACAAACUGUUGAGUGAUCGACGCAUCAAAUGGUCAGUUAUGGUACAAAAGCAGGUGCGGACAUUCCUGUGCAAGAGACGCUUCGAGAAGAUCAGACGUUCAGUUUCCUUACUACAAAUUUAUGGCCGUGGAUAUAUAGCACGCUUAGCCUUCGAAGAACGACGCAGGAUACAUGCCUCCAUUAAGAUUCAAGCUUGUUUCCGAGCGUUUCUUGUUCGGAAAGUGUUCCAAGAGAAGAAAAUGGCUGCCAUUGUUGUUCAGAGAUAUGCCCGGAGAGUGCUGGCUCAAAGACUAUUCCGCAAGUUGGUGCAUGACCGUAAUGCUACAAUUCUUCAAACUCAAAUUCGUGCCUGGAUGGCUCGGAGGAAGUUUGACAAAGUCCGUCGCGGUGUCGUCCUAUUACAGUCUCAUGUUAGACGCAGAGCUGCCAAGAAGGUCUUCAAAGAACUCAAGAGAAAGGCCAAGGACACAGAUGAACUCACAUUGUCCAACCGACGUCUGUGUAACAAGAUUAUUGAAUUGUCUAACCAAAUUAAAGAAAAGGAGCAUGACUUGAAACAUUUGAGAAGUAAUGAGGCCAACAACAAACAGUUCCAAGACUUGUAUGAAAAACUCUCCACAGAGCAUGACGGCUGCAGAGAGAUCAGACUGAGGUUGCAAGAUGCUGAGAGUCUGGUUUCAGAACUGAAGGGCAAUUUGAAACAGAAGACUGAAGAAUUAACUGUCUUAAUGGCGGAGAAGAAGAAGAUGAAACUGACUUAUGAUGAGGAAUCAAAAGUCUUGAAUGAGAAAAACACAACCCUCAACCAGAAACUUCUUAGUGCUCAGUCGAAGAUAAAAGAUGAUGAAGGGAAAAUUGAAGAAUAUGUGCAGAAAAUUGAAUCACUGACAGCUGUUGACAGACAGAAAGACAUGGACAUUGAGAAAGCCCACCAUGAGAAAAUGAUGCAUGAUUACGAACAACUAAAGCAACUCUACGACAACCUGCGGCACGAAAUGACAGUACUGAAGCAGAGCCACCAUCGUACACCUUCAGACCACAGCACAAUCAGCUUUGAGUCGGCUGAGGAGGAGGUGCCUCCUGCUGAAGUUGAGGAAGAUGAGGAACAACUGGCCGCCAAUAUUGUAGCUGAGGUGGUAGCGGAACAAGACGACAAGGAGGACCAAGGUUAUGGGACCAGUAGACGUUCAGACCGACCUGUUCCAGCCGAACGAAAAACCCGACCAAUCCAAAGACAGCCAACCCUGGAUGAACCUGAGAAGGAAGACAUCAGUUUGCUGUUGAAGUUACAAAACCACAUUAAAGACUUGGAAAAAGAGAACAAACGCCUGGUGACGGAGCGAGAACGACUCGAUGAGGAGAACAAAGAUAAAGGAAAUACAGUGUACAACACACUAAAGAUGCAAGAACUUGAGAACGACAACGACAGGAUGAAACGAGAAAUCGGCAACUUGAUGAAUGCGUUGUCCAAAACUCCCAAAUAUGAGGAAGGAACCACAGAGGCUGGCAAAGCCUUUAAAAACCAAUACGACACAAUGGUGGAAGAACUUGACCGGCGCCGGUCCGAGAUAUUAUUCAUCAAAAGCAUCUGGCUUGGUGACAAUAUUGAGAAGAAAGACGAAGUCCACAACAAACCGCGUGGCGGCGAAGAACUGAGUGAAGAGGAGGAGUUGAAGACAGCCUUUGAGUUCCACCAGAAGUUGAACAGGCCAGAUAACACAUCUGCACCGCCGCCACCGUCCCCACAACAACAACAACAAGAGGUAAACAACGGCGACGUUUGCUGCACACAUCACAACCAUGAUUGUGAGGCAGAGCUCAAUGACUUCACACAACAGAUCAGAUUACUAGAAAACCAAUUACAGGAAUCUGAGAAGAAAUCCAAACACCUAGAACAAGAUCUGCGUCAACAGAUCGAGGAACUAAGCAAAGAGAAUGAUCGCCAAAAACAAGUCAUCAGCCAGCUUAAUUCAAUUGCAACAAACCUGUCAUCUAAAACCGGUGAUGAAAUCAGUGUUACUAUGGGACAAGACAUCAUACGAAUCACAACAGAGAACUUGGAAUUACGUGAAACUGUCAGCAAACAAACUGAACAGAUCAGAAAAUUGAAGAAGACACUCAAAGUAUAUGCUCGCAAACUAAAAGCUGGUGAAGGUCCAUUCCGAAGAUUCCAGAGUCUUGUAUCAGCCACGUCUUUGAGUCCGACAUCGGCUGCCGAAAUUGCUGCUGAAUUAGAUCGUGAUGAACAAGAAGAAUCUGGUGUAAUGGCUGCUGUUAAACACCAAGAACGGGAAUAUCUCGGAAUGCUGGAAUAUAACAAGACCGAUGAGACAGCACUCAUUAAGAACCUUGUAUUUGAUCUCCAGCCCUAUGUUGCCGAGUCUAUGUUACCUGGACUACCAGCCUAUAUAAUUUUCAUGUGUAUCAGACACACUGACCAUAUCAAUGAAGACGAGAAAGUGUGUAGCCUGCUGACCGGUGUGGUCAAUGGCAUAAAGAGAGUGGUAAAGAAAAACACCAAUGAUAUAGAAAGAGUGACGUUAUGGCUUGCCAAUUGUUGCCGUUUGUUACACAAUUUGAAACAAUACAGUGGAGAGAAGCGUUACCAAAAUACCAAUAAUCCCAAACAAAAUGAACACUGCUUACGAAACUUUGACCUAUCUGAAUACCGACCAGUCUUUAACGACCUGUGUGUCUAUAAUUACCGACAGUUAAUCAAAGUUAUGAAAGAAAACCUGGAUAAACUUAUUGUUCCUGCAAUUCUUGAACAUGAAGCCAUUGCUGGCCUGAACAAGGAGGAUCGACGUGGACGUAUACCAAACAAUGAAGUGGAACCAGAUGCAUUGGAUAAUCUACAGAAGAUUAUGUCGAAGUAUAUUCGUAUUUUGCGAAAUCACGCAGUAGAUCCAGAAGUAAUCGUACUCAUCGUCAAACAGUUAUUCUAUGACAUGAAUGUGAAAGCUUUGAACAACUUACUGCUCCGCCGAGAUAUGUGUAAUUGGCACAAAGGCACACAAAUAAGAUAUAAUAUAUCACAUUUGGAACAAUGGCUGAGAGAAUACCACUUACAAGAUUCUGGGGCAUUUUCUACAAUGGAACCUCUCAUACAAGCAUCUCAGCUGUUGCAGGCACGCAAGACUGAUGCCGAUGUCGACAGUGUUUGCCAGAUGUGUCCUAAACUAAAAACAGCACAGAUUGUGAAAAUCCUCAACCAAUACACCCCGGUAAGGGGCUACGAAGAUGACACGGUGGCCAUAUCGUUCAUCCGUAAGGUCCAGGAGAAGCUGGCGGAGAGCCGGCAAAACGACACCGGCACAAACCUAUUGAUGGACACUCAGUACUCGUUCCCGGUCACCUUCCCCUUCAACCCUUCCAAUAUAGCUCUGGAGCGGGUCACCGUACCGGACAAACUACACUUGGCCUUCCUCAAACGAGUGUGAGCUGCUGCCACUGCUGCUGCUGCUGCUACCACCGCUGCCGCCGCCACUACUGCUGCUUCUUCUUCUUCCACCUCCACCUAACUCUACCACCACAACCACCACCACCUCCAUCGACCAUACAGCUACCCACCAGCCCUGCCGAUACGGCGGGGUUUCCUUCUGUGAUGGUGGUGAUGUCAGUGGUGGCAGCGACGGUGGUGGCUGAUGGGUGGAUGGGUCUCUGUCUUUCUGGUAGUGUGAAGUGAGAGAGAGAGAGAGAGAGAGAGAGACACACACACACACAACCACAUGCCACUUUCUCUUUAUUUACAUAUAU